AUGGCAUAUGUCUUAAUCUAUGGGAUUGGAAGGCUUAGGGACCCAACCGGUGGAAGAAACUCUAUGCCAUCCGCGUGCGCGUUGGAGAUGGUGCACGCUGCGUGUUUGAUGCACGACUACCUUUCUUGUACGGAUAGUGAUGAUCUUCGUCGAUGGAAGCCUUCAAACCACAAGUUACGUGUGCAUGCAUUUGAGCACAUAGUAACCACCAUAGUAGGGGUAAAAUUGGAGAAAAUUCUUCGUGUUAUUGGUGAAUUGGCUAGACUGAUUGGACUAGAAGGGUUGGUAGUUGGGCAGGUGGAUGAUUUGGAAUCUGGAGGUCAAGAUCAAUCUGAUAUGGGAUUUGAAAAACUUGAGUACAUUCAUUUUCAUAAGACUACAGCCGCGUUAGAGGCUUCUGCUAUUGCGGGAGCAAUGUUGGAAAAAAAAUCAGUUGCAAUAACGUGCAUGACAGUAGUGGGUAUUUUAAUGACUGUGAAUAGCGCAUCUGAUGAGGAGAUUGAAAGGUUGAGUAAGUUCAUUGAAAACGUUAAAGGUAGUGGGCAUGUAAUGGUACCUAGAAAAGAAUUCACUGACGUGCCUAAGUCGCCAAAGACGUCCCCAUGUGCCUUUUCCCCGAGAAAAGUUUGUAUAUGGAUUGGAAUGGAAGGGUCGAUGCCACACAUCCAUUGCGAACCACAUAUAUGA